AUGAGAGACCUAAAAAGAUAUCGAGAUGAACACCGGAGAAGAAAAAACAAUUAUAAUAAUAAAUCACAUGGAAAAUAUUAUAAUUACAAUAAACACGAUGAUUAUAAAACGAAUAACCAACAUAAUAGAAUAAAUAAAUAUAGAGGGAAAGGUUCCUAUGGAAGUAAUUAUGAAGAGAGAAAUAAUGAGAUACGAGUAAAAAUAUCCAACUUAGAUUAUACUAUUUCAAAAAAUGAUUUAAUGGAAUUGUUUAGUAAUGUUUGUAAAGUUGUAAAUGCUUGGAUAAACUAUGACCACACAGAUAGAUCAAAUGGUACAGCAGUAUGCGUUUUUGAAAAUAUAAAUGAUGCACAAAAGGCUAUAGAUAAAUAUGAUGGUUCAGAAAUUGAAGGAUUAUCAAUAAAAAUGGAAAUAUUACAUAAAAGAAAUUAUACAUAUAAAAAGAAAUAUAAAAGUCGAUGUCCUUGGUAA